AUUGUGGCAUAAGUUUCUGUUUGUAGAAAAAUGUCAUCUCAAGUUUCGUUUUCGUUCCUUGCUGUUAUUUCAUAUGGUCGCGUUCAUCCCUUUUCCCUUUCAAAACGCACUGACUCACAGGGCGCAGAAAGACCGCAUUGACCAUCAAGAGUAGCUGAUUAUUGAUACGUUUAGGAGGCGACAAUAACACAUUGACAAUGUUUUCGUGGGGAGAGAACAUCGGUGAUGGCUUCGGUUUAGUAAAGUCGAAUGGUUUGGUAAAGGCGAAGACGGAUUGUUGCCUAAAUGUCAUACUCACGAAAUCUCCAAUUGCACAUCUGUCCGCAGGUAAUAAAGUGGUCGCGUUUAUCAGAAAUAAUGGGAAAGUGUCCUUCGCUUGCAGGAUGCACGAGUAUAAAGAUGGGAGAAGGGUCACAUGGAAACUGAAGAGUGUGGAGUGCAGGGAGAAGAUUCUGGCUCUGAGUUGUGGAGAUGCCCAUGUUGUUUUACUGUCUGAAGAGGGCAGAGUUUUUUGUCUUACCUCUGCCUCCAAUGAUCCCAGACCAGUGGGUAACUUGAAUCAGGUAAUUCAGGUUGCAUGUGGAGACCAGCAUUCCAUUGCACUAACCCAAGAUGGUAAUGUGUUCACGUGGGGCCAGAACUCCAGCGGACAGCUGGGUUUGGGGAAGGGAGAGCCCAGCACCUUGUCUCCCCAGCCCCUCAAGUCUCUGUCAGGUAUCCCCCUGGCUCAGAUCACCGCUGGGGGAGACCACAGCUUCGCCCUGACCCUCUCUGGAGCCGUGUUCAGCUGGGGCAAGAACAGCACCGGGCAGUUGGGACUGGGGGACACAAUAGACAGACCUGCUCCAGCUCCUGUUGAUUGCCUGAAUCUAAAGAAGACCAUUACUGUUUCCUGUGGAGUGGAGCAUACUGCCGUUCUGACAAAGGGAGGUUUAGUGUUCACAUUUGGCUCGGGUCGACAUGGACAGCUUGGACACAACUCUCUCAGAAAUGAACUACGACCUCGACUGGUGGCCGAACUCUGGGGGGCAAAGGUGACCCAGAUAGCCUGUGGAAGAAACCACACGUUGGCGUUCGUGGGCUCCUUCAAAAAGAUCUACUCAUUUGGGCGUGGAGAGCAAGGGCAGCUGGGAAAUGGAGUCAAGAUGGAUCAGUCUGUGCCUCUGCCAGUACAGCUACCACAGGGCCACAUUGAUGACCAGCAAAUUGAACAAACCUUUGCUGGAGGAAACCAUUCUUUUGCCUUGUGCAGUUCCGCUAAGGAAUCAGCAAAAGGGUUGAAUGACUCCAGUGUUGAAAAAAUGACUCGAACAUUAGACAAUGAUGUCAUUGACAGAUGGAUCUUGCAAUGCGACUCAAAAUCAUGGGAGAAAAUACAGAAGGAAAUCACAAAAACGUUCUCUUCUGCAUCAUGUUUAAAUGGGAGCUUCCUGGACAAAAGUUGUGACAAACAUUACCAAACCUCACCGAUGCACUCUGGCCUGGACUUGUCACUCGCCCAAAUGGCUUUUCAAAAGCUUGCAGAAAAGGACAAAGUUCUGGCUGAGGUUAAAAAUGUCGUCCAGCGCAUACUCCUUCCCUCUCUGAGUAAGGAUCCCAUUGGUGUGGAGGGUCUGAGGGUGUACCUCAUCAUCCCCGAGCUCCUGAGAGUUCUCCUAAAACAACAUCGCAUAGACAUUACUGAGGCCUUCGCUGCUGCCAUCCUCAGACUGAACCCAGACAAGCUCCAGGUCCUUGAGGGCCUAUGGUCGACACUGUCAGAUUCCUUCUUCCGAACAGUGGUGAAAGCAUUCCACUCAGUGUCAGCAGAGUAUCUUCAGCAGAUGGCGGUCAAACGAUGUGAUCAUGGAAAAUCAUUAAAGAAGACUUUUGGGGUUCUGCAAAGGCUUUUUGAUGCGAACAGCAAGAGAUGCAGAAGAAUCACAGUUGACACUUUCCAUAUCAACAAAAUCAGUUCUCUCUUUCAGUCUAAGCUGGUACUAGACUUACAUUCAGAACUGACAGAGCUGGUCUGGGACUUCUUUGGGGAGGAUGACACAUAUUGGAUUGAAAGCGAGAUGAUAUUGAGCAAAAUAAAACGUUAUAAGGAUAACAUAUUUUGCCUCCUGAAGAACAACCCCUGUAUCCUGGACACUGAAACCAAAUGUAUAGUGUGGAUGUAUGCCUUUGAUCAGGUCAAAGAUUGUCAUGAGGACUUCGAAUACGGUGGGCUUUGUGACGAAACCCUAAAGGUGGACCGGGAAACACUUCUGGAUGAUACCUUUCAGCAACUGCGAAAAAGGACUUGCAACAUGGUGGCUUUAAAGGUGAAGUUUCAAGCAGAGAAUGGUGUGGAUGACGGUGGCGUUUCACUGGAAUUCUUCAGGCUCCUGGGGAGGGAACUUCUCAAAAUGGAACCAAAGACACUGGAGGUUUACGAGUCUGGACUAGCAUGGUUCACAACAGAUGACGGCGGUAUCACUGAUGAAUUCUACUUACUUGGGCUACUCUGUGGGAAGGCCCUGUUUAGUCAGUGUGUUCUGAACCUCUGCUUCCCUCUGGCUCUCUUCAAGAAGCUUCUGGGUCUGACUGCAACAUUGGAUGACCUUAAAGAGCUGUCUCCAACUGAAGCAAGCUGCUUGCAGGAUGUGUUGGAUGAAGAUGAGGAGGUUGUUGAAGCGCUGGAUUUGGUUUUCAUGGACAAAGGGCAAGAACUGAUACCAAAUGGAGAGGAGCUCCCAGUUACCAUGUUCAACAGGAAGAAAUAUGUUGACUUGUACGUUGACAUGAAGCUCAACAAGUCGGUGCAGAGCCAGUUUGCAGACUUUGAGAAAGGCUUCCACAAAGGUUGCCCUACACAGGCAUGGAGGAUGUUUCUACCUGAGGAGCUGAUGACACUUCUACAAGGAGAUGACAACUACGAGUGGGACAAGUUGAGAGAGAAUGCCCAGUAUCAAGGAUAUAGGCCCACAGAUGACAUCAUCCAGAACUUCUGGAUAGUUUUCAUGGAGUUCUCUGAGGAGCAAAAGAAGACGUUCUUAACUUUUCUGACUGGAACGGACAGACUGCCCAGAGGUCGAAGUCUCUCCAAACUGCAGAUGCAAAUCACGUCUUUGGGCAGUACUGAGGCUGAUGAAUAUUAUCCGAAAGCACAAACCUGCUCUGUGACGUUAUGCCUCCCUAACUACAGCAGUAUCGACAUUCUGCGGGAGAAACUUCUCCAUGCGAUCACCCACUGUGAUGCGUUUGGAGAUGUUUGAAAUGGGAAGCAUGUUACUAGUCGCCUAGCAGUUUGUUUUUAUCUACAUCUCUUAAUAUUAUGAUUUUAUUUAGUCAAGGAAACCCAUUCAGAGCUAACAACUGAAAGUAUUCAGACAUUAAGAGCAGUCUUUAUAAAUAUAAUACAAGCAGUAUUUGUAAAUGUAAUCUUUCAUAAAUGCUUAAUGUUUUUUUCCAGUUAAUAGAAGCAUCUACGCCUCCUCCGGACCCCUCGUAGCCUAAUGUGCUGUUGACUGGCCAAAUAAUGAUGAUCUAGAUGAAUGAAAGCCAAUCAUACUUUGAUGAUCAAACAGUGGAGGAAAUUUGAGUGAAAUUCAGAGCUCUUUAUCUCUUUAGAGUGGCUGUGGGUAUGAAUUCUUAGGGACCCUCUUUCGGAAAUUUUAGGAUUUUAGCUAACCUUAACCCUUUUUCUAACCUUAACCUAAUUCUCCUAAUCUGCUACAUUAAUUAUCCUAAUUUGCUGUGUAAGUUCUAGUCAAUUCUGACAUAAACUAGCCUAUUCCAUCUUGACAAAAAAAACUUCUCCUGGUAGCUAAAGGUCGGAAGAUUCUGAGCAUGUGCGUAAUUCUCUACUUUCAGCACAGUCUCUGCUACAGUUUGGCUGCCCAGAGAACAGGAUACACAGGUGAAUGGUGCUUGUUUAAUAAAGUUAGAUCAAAGCUGAAUCAAAUAUAUUAGCAUCAGGGCUGUAGCUACAUAAGAGGACAAAUGAAAAUAAAAUAAGAUCUGCUUUAAUAUUGCAGAUUGUGGCUUCUAUCAAUGUAGUUGUCUGCAUCAUUUCCAAUCCCCCAUAUAUUUUGGGGGUAAAUACAGUGUGUGUAUAUGUAUGUAUAUAUAUUUUUUUUAUCCCUAACCGUACCACCCCUCCCCGAAUUGGAGUAAACUAAUGGACAACACUUUGGCUUCUAUUUCCAGUUUAUACAUACUGUCACACCAGGUGGCUUGUGGAUUCAGGAGAGGUGGAGUCAGGCGCAGGAGACAGAAUGAUUCCGUGAAUACAUUUUAAUAAAAUAUCCACACGGAAAAUAUGCAAAAGUAUGGAGUGCAAGGUGUGCAGAAAGAAACGCACCACCCUUAAAAGAACGUAACCAGGGACGCAACCCCAAAACGAACAACGUAACUCCAAAAGGGAAAACACAGAACCUCAUAACAAAACACACCCUGACAACGAACAAUCCCGCACAAACAACAAACCUAACUAGCUAGCCUAAAUACCCUUCCCCACUAACAACUAACACAAAACAGGUGCGCAACUAACCUAGGCCUAACUAACAGAACGUGAAACAUAAAUCGAUGGCAGCUAGUAGGCCGGCGACGACGACCGCCGAGCGCCGCCCGGGCGAGGAGGUGCGCCACCUUCCGUAGGUGCCGUGACAUACAAUAUAUAUUUUAUGGAAACAGUAUAUUUUACAUUAGUUAUCUUUUGUUUGUUUUUAGUCCCAUCCUUCAGCUACCCUCAAGCCAUCCUAUCUAUCUCUGAAGACCACCCAGUUUGAGUUCUAUUUGCCAUAUAUUUUUCAACUGUGCUGUGUAGGGCCUGAACUUAUUGUUGAGAGUUAGAAUAGUAGAAUACAUAUUGUUCAAUUGGCAGUUUUCCUCUUGUUAUAUGUCACUCAAUUAGCCCAUGUUAAUUCAUAUUUUACAGAUUGGUACAUUAGCUAUCUAAACUUGUACAUUUUAGAAGACACUCUUAUCCAGAGCAAUUAGACUUAAGUAACUUGCUUAAGGGCAGAUCAGCAGAUUUUAUAACCUAGUCGGCUCGGGGAUUCACACCACCAUCUUUUCGGUUACCGGCUCAAUGCUCUUAGCAGCUAGGCUACCUGCUACCAUGUAGUAAUCAUCGCCAAAUUACUGACCAGGCACAGAGGGCACGUGCCCAGGGGGCCCCCAUUGAUUUGUUUAGUUGCGCUCACUCAGAUAUCAUGUUAACGUGACAUAAGUCAUGGUAAAAUGUGUAGAAUUGCAGGAAAUUAGCAGUGGACCUGCGAACAAGUUCUGUAAAGCAAAUGUAUUUGUUUACCUUUUGUUAAUAAAAUAAUUUUUCUGCUUA